UCUACUACAAUCAACGACGCCAACGAAACGUAACGACGACUCUUUUUCUCUUCUGCACAAUACACACCACCACUUCUUUUUACUACAAUUAAUACUCACUCACAUUUAAUACGUCGUUAUCAUGUGGAUCGUGAACUGGUUCUACGAUGUGCUGUCCUCCUUGGGCCUGCUCAACAAGCACGCCAAGUUGCUUUUCCUCGGUCUCGACAACGCCGGAAAGACUACUCUUCUUCACAUGCUGAAGAACGACCGUGUUGCCAUUCUCCAGCCCACUCUUCACCCCACAUCCGAGGAGCUUGCUAUUGGUAACGUUCGCUUCACCACUUUCGAUCUGGGUGGCCAUCAACAAGCUCGACGUAUCUGGCGCGACUACUUCCCCGAGGUCAACGGUGUCGUCUUCCUUAUCGACGCCAAGGACCACGAGCGAUUCGGCGAGGCCAAGGCCGAGCUCGACGCCCUCCUCUCCAUGGAAGAGCUGUCUAAGGUUCCCUUUGUUAUCCUCGGCAACAAGAUCGACCACCCCGAUGCCGUCUCCGAGGACGAGAUGCGACACCAGCUUGGCCUCUACCAGACAACCGGCAAGGGCAAGGUUCAGCUCGAGGGCAUCCGACCUAUUGAGCUCUUCAUGUGCUCAGUAGUUAUGCGCCAAGGUUACGGUGACGGUAUACGCUGGUUGUCACAGUACGUUUAAGGGAGGCUGAAGGGGAUGCGGGUGGCUAGAGACUACAUCUUACGUUACGUUACGUCCUGGUCGAUGGAAGAAAGAAGACAUGUGACUAUUCAAUGUUUUUGAGAUUCAGAAAUUCUCCGUUGGGCGAACAAAGGCUGUGCAAUUCAACUACAACAUUUUGCUACACUAAGCGAUAUUGACUCUGACAGUCCCUGUGACAGUGAAAUCGACCCUUGGUGGUAUUUGUGCUGGGGUCCUUGUUUACAAGGGGCGAUUUUUGGGGAUGCUCACGAACGAUAGUAAGCAGCUAGUGAUAGCA